CAAAUUUUUUCUCAAUCAUUUUUGGCGUGACCGUUUUAAGUUCUUGUUGCCGUUUCGAAGCAGCUCGAAAUCAUCAUGGUUGAAAGUGAAGAAACUGCCUCCAGUGCGAGUCUAAGACAUCUCGACGAUCUCAAGAAAGCAGAAUUUCCCGACAAUGACAUCGCUGCCUCCGAAAGCUACAAUUUAAUCAUUCUGGUAAAAUCUCUAGAACUGGUCGAUUCUCGUAACGAUGUCCAGCGUAAACUUCGCAUUACCAUGAUGCUGGGGGAUUCUGAGGUUGAAAUCGUUGGAACCGAAAGCGAAAUCAACCAACAACGUCAGGGGAACGCUGUAAGUAUUCCUUGUGAAAAUGCGGAACAGUUCAAGCAGUACCUGUUGAAUCAUGAUCUUGAAGUGGCAAUCAAACACGAAGACGUAGAACUCGGUAGAUCCAGUAUUCACCUAGCAGAAGUCAAUCUGGCUACGUUUGAUCCGGCCGAGUUUGAACCAACGGUGAUUUCCAAAACGUUUCCCCUCGAGCACAGUUCUGCCAAGAUUGGAACCAUCCAUCUCAUUCUGAAAACUGAUCGAGAAAAAUCGAACGUGGAACUGAACGCCUCCAAGAUUGAAAAUGAUUCCCUUCUUUUCAUUGUCAACGAUUCUCCCAAGCGGAGAAGCAGUGAGUAUCAGGAGGAAACGAUUCGGCAGAUGUUGACCUGCCUGAAAUGCAACGCUCUCAGAAGCCCAAGUGAAAUUAGCUGCCGGUACGAGCUGAUAGAUGGAAUUCUGGCGAACUGCGAACGGUCAAAGCAAGAUCCGGACCUGGAAAUGAUGAAGCGCAAAAUUGAACAGAUCGAACGGGAAGCUAGGCUUUAUCCCGCCGGUAAAGUACAGGAACCACCGAAGGAACCCGAAGAAGAUCGGUUUUGUAACACCUGCGGAGGAUACACGGUAACCGGUGUAACCUGCAAUCCAUUACUUCGUCAGCUGGAGCCUGUCCAGAUAUAUCCGGAAGGUAGCGCCAAGCGCUUUGAAGAGUUUGAGCCUUCUAAGCAUGCCAUCGGUGCGGCACGCAUAUCGGAACCGAAUUUUGUCUCUAGGAGAAGAGCUGGGUCAAGAAACAGUCUACUAAGAGGUGAGGAUAACACCUUCAAUACCAUUCCACAUCAAGAUCAUCAGGAUCACAAAAUAUGUCCCAGAUCGGUCGGCACUCGAUUUUGCCAACGCUGUGGGCUCAACCUGGACUGGAUUCCGCUGCAGGCGCACUGUCCGAAGUGUGGCUUCAAGUGUCACCCGAAACGUCCGGGAAGUCCAUUGCCCAAGGCAGAUGAACUGACGCCCAGUGUAAUGAACUCGUGGAUGGGCGAUUUCGAGUUCGGUGAUAUUCAACGAAGACAUUCGUCGGCAUUAGUUGCCGGUGGCCGAUCGGCUUCUCUUGACGGCCGACAUUGUCCGAUCUGUCGACUCCGAGGAGGCAAGUGUCCCGAUUGUGAAAGACGAAAAUUACCGGAACAGAACGGCAAUACCGCACAAAACUCCUCCACUCAGUCGUCUACUUCCGACUCGGAGAUUCUUGCCCGAAAGGCGAUCAACCGACCGAAAACCAGACAAUCGUUAAGGGAUCGAUUCAGUUCUACACCGAAAAAGAUAACUAAGGCUACUCGGAUGGCUCACCUUAAAAAGGCAUACGGAGAAGAGGCGGACUCCAAGCACGAAAAAUCCGGACGUCGGUCGACGCGUAGCUCCGUGGUUUCUCUAAAUGUGGAGGAGAUUUUGAAGAAAGCCGAUGCCCACAAAAACAAAAUUAUCUCCGGUGGAAUUCAGAGUGUGGAGUUGCGAAAGGUUGGGUCUAGAUCGAGGAAUUCUACGAGCGACACCUUAGAUAGAGGUUGCUCGAUUCUCAGUGCAGCACAGAUCCGCAAAAAUCAACGAAGUUUGUUGCGUCGCAUCAAGAAACAAAACAGUGGAAAAUACUCUUAUCGAUACGGAAACCGAUAUCCCGGCAUUUCAGUGGGUCAUCGUGAAUGUAUCCUUCGCGGGAAUCCUGUGCCGCCGCAUAUGGGUUGGCAAUGGAAUGUGAGUACGCCGGGAAUCGGACGCAUCCGGAAAGGUUGGCGCCCAGGUGCCGUGCGUAAACCGAUCAAGGAACUGAUGCAACACUUCCUGGUUAGCUACCCACUGGACAACAUACCGGUGAGCAAAAGAGGAAAAUCUCUGCUUAAGAAAGGUGAAACGGAAACAGAUCCUACGAAGCAGAAGCCAACUUUGCAAAUAGUAAAACGGAACGGAGAAUAUGUUGUCGUUAUGAACCCAUUGAAAGAUGCGGCAACCCUCAAAACAGCCCAAGAUCCUUACCUUGCUUGCCAACCGAUUCGGUUCAAACUGGCAAAAGAUCCCAACAUGGGUAAACUAUAUCAACUGCGAAAUGCUUUAAAAGUCAAAGGAUUCACAUUGUGUGGAUGUCCCGAGAUAGAAUCCUGUACCCAUAGAAGCGAAAAAGAGAAAAAGCUUUUGAAGCAGGAGCUGCGGAAGCUUUCGAAACGAUUUGGACUUGCUCGUAGCACCGAAAUAAAGGACGUACCAGUCGAUAGUGAGUCCGAGUUGGACCUCGAGUUUACACCUCCGUCAGCCAUGCUAAAGACGGGCACACGAAAACCCGAUGUGGUUUGUACGGAGACGCAAUAUUGUGAAGAGGACUACAAAGUACAGAUUCCCGCAGAUAAACUAAAAUGCAAACCAGGUCGCGUAGAUCCACGGGAUAUGAAUGCAGCCGGAAGGGUUAAAGUUGGUCGUGGGUUAGACAAGGAUUCUUCGAAAGGUGGCAAAGGUGUUGGAAAAGGUGGCGCAGGAAAAGGUGGUGCUGGAAAGGGUGGGGUAGGAAAAGGUGGCGCAGGAAAAGGUGCUACUGGAAAAGAUGGCGCUGGAAAAGAUGGCGCAGGAAAAGGUGCUGCUGGAAAAGGAGGCUCGAGCAGAACAACUGGAAAAUUCGCCGGAAUUCCAGUUGGAGCAGUAGGCGCCAGAAUCAAACCUUGCCAAGCGGAAGUGAUUUGUGAUACAAAUAGAUUCUGUGCGCCGGCUCAGUACUGCUAUCCGACCAUGUCGACGGGAUACAGCUGUCAAGUGGCCAACUCCUGUUACACAUCGCCAUGCGCUCCGGCAGCCGUCUGUGGUUACAAUGCUUGCUAUAUGGGAUUUUGAGUUGAAAUUGACUAAAGAAAAGAUGAAUAUAAAUUUCAAUGUAAAACUGGCUUCGGUGUAUUUAUUGGGUUGUCG